UUCCGUAUUCAUUGUUCAUCAGGUCAGUGCAGUGCUCUCUGGUUUAGCCUUUGGUACAUCUGCUGUGCUGUCAGGUGGAGCUGUGGCAUGCUGACAUAAGCCUGGGCUCAGGAACCACUCCCUGCUCUCAUUCUGCUCCACCACUAAUUGUGUGAACUUGGCCAGGUCAUAGGACCUCUCUGCUCCUUGGUUUCCUAGUGUGAAAUAAUGCCUGCUUUGAAAGCCUAUUGAGGAUGAAAUGAGACCUGUCAAAGUGCCUAAUACACUGUCGGCUUCAUAGUAGGUACUCAGAAAAUCGUGAUGGUGUUGUUUUCCCUUUAACACUUGGGGAAUUACAAUUUACAUACUGAUAAACUUUGAUUGCGACCUGACUCUUAUAUGUCCGUUCUUCCUAGGUAUUGUGAAUAAGGAAAAUGCUCUUCGUUAAGCCAUAUUUGUGACUUCCGAUAAUUCACUAAUACUUUUCCAUCAAGAGAACAGCCUUCUAACUUGCCUGUCACUUUAAAGUGGCAUUUGAAGGAUUUGUGUGACACAAUUAUGACUUUUUAAUUAGGCACCCUAAAAACCUGAUCAGGCCUAUUGCUUACUUUCUUUGAUUCAUCUGUCUUCUCUGCUGUGAUCACCUUGUUCCUCCUGACAUGGAAGGCACAAUACAACGACAUUGGGAAUAUAUAUGUAACCAUAAUAAAGACAAGACGAAGAUCCUAGGAGACAAAAAUGUUGACCCCAAAUGUGAAGACAGUGAUGACAAGUUUGACUUUUCAGUGAUGUCCUAUAAUAUACUUUCACAAGAUUUAUUGGAAGACAAUUCACAUCUCUAUAGACACUGCCGGCGGCCAGUUUUACACUGGAGUUUUAGGUUCCCCAAUAUCCUGAAAGAAAUUAAACACUUUGAUGCAGAUGUACUUUGUUUGCAAGAAGUUCAAGAAGAUCAUUAUGGAGCAGAGAUCAGGCCAAGUUUGGAAUCUUUGGGUUAUCACUGUGAAUACAAGAUGCGGACAGGAAGGAAACCUGAUGGCUGUGCCAUCUGCUUCAAACAUUCCAAGUUUUCACUCUUAUCGGUGAACCCAGUGGAAUUCUACCGCCGUGAUGUUCCUCUGUUGGACAGAGACAAUGUUGGAUUAGUGUUACUUUUGCAGCCCAAAAUUCCGAGUGCUGCCUCUCCUGUGAUCUGUGUAGCUAACACACAUCUGUUGUAUAACCCAAGGCGAGGUGAUAUUAAGCUGACCCAAUUGGCAAUGCUUCUGGCAGAGAUUUCCAGUGUUGCCCAUCAGAAAGAUGGCAGCUUCUGCCCUAUCGUUAUGUGUGGUGACUUUAAUUCUGUUCCUGGUUCUCCGCUCUAUAGUUUUAUAAAGGAAGGAAAAUUGAAUUAUGAAGGACUUGCCAUUGGCAAGGUAUCUGGCCAGGAACAGUCUUCACGGGGACAAAGAAUUUUAUCUAUUCCCAUUUGGCCCCCAAACCUAGGUAUCUCACAGAACUGUGUGUAUGAGGUACAGCAGUUACCAAAAGUAGAAAAGACAGACAGUGAUCUGACACAGACAGAGCUGGACAAAACAGAGGUCCUAGUGACAGCUGAAAAAUUAUCUUCAAAUUUACAGCACCAUUUCAGCUUGUCAUCUGUUUAUUCACAUUAUUUUCCUGACACUGGAAUUCCAGAGGUGACCACUUGUCAUUCCCGAAGUGCCAUAACUGUGGAUUAUAUUUUCUAUUCUGCUGAAAAGGAAGAUGUUGCCAGGCAGCCAGGAGCUGAGGUUGCUCUGGUUGGUGGCUUGAAACUUCUGGCCAGACUAUCACUCCUUACGGAACAAGACUUAUGGACUGUUAAUGGACUUCCAAAUGAAAAUAAUUCUUCAGAUCAUCUACCUUUAUUGGCUAAAUUCAGACUUGAGCUGUGACUCUUCUUUGAUUGGAUAUACAUAUAUAUAUAUAUGUAUAUAUACUUUCCGAUUUAUAUUCUUUUUCAAAAAAUGUAAAAUAUUUCUUGAGAGUUUGCAUGUUUAUUUUUAUGCUGUGGAGUUUCUGAAGAGGUUGUGUUAAAUGCUUGAAGCAGAUACCAGAAGAAACAAGUUUACAACAAUUUUCUUUGUAAUACCGAAAAAAUAUUUUCCUGACAAGUGAGAUCUAAACGUUUACUCCUUAUUGUAAAAGAGUUGUAAAUAUUUUUUAUUCUAAAUCCCAGUAAAGUUGACAGUGAUUUUUAAACAUAGUGCAUCCUCUUUAGUUAGUAAAGAAUUUCAGUUGAUGUUUUUGGCAAGCUUUAUGGUGGAUCCAAAGUAUCUUUGAGUUCGUGCAAACCACAACUCGUUUCCCUUCCAGAAGGCCUGAUUUCAUUGUGAGGACCAUCUGUUUGUUGAGUCCUAAUUCGUUCAUCUCAGAAAUCGCUCACAAGUGUCCAACCAACCAUUUUAGUUUGGUUUUGAGGGGGCUUGAUAAUGCUUCUUAGAAUUGUACAGAUUGCUUAAUCCGUCUUACUCCUCUCCUGAGCCGUGGAUGAUGUCUCCAUUUUGUUGGGAGAUGGAGGUCACUGUAACUAAGAGUUGAAGUGCUUUACAGACGCCCUAUUUCCAUCCUGUGACAGGCAGACCAUUCCAGCAUGCCCGAGAGAGGCAGAGACUGGGUUAGAAUGCCUUUGCCUAGUAGUUUGUGGGGGGUUUUGUUUUUUUGUUUGUUUUUUUCUCUUCAGUUUCAAGAAGAGAUCCCCGGGUCGGAGGAGAAACUUUAUUUUUCUGAACCAGUUCUGUGGAAAUUUAUUUUAUUAGGAAACUUGUCUUUAGAACAAAGUGGCAGCUAUGAGAUUCUUUUGGUUUCGCUCAGAUAUUUAGGAAGCCCGUAGAACUAGUGGGGAGAUACCAACUUGGAGACCCAAUACUCCUAACUAGUAAUUUUAACUGUCUUUAGUGGUUUUGUUUCUAAGAUGUUACUUUGUUUUCUUUCCUAAUGAGGCAGCAGUGUGACAUGGUGCUGACAUUUUUUUGUAAAGUGGUCAAGAGCAGGUCUAGUGAGUCCCACAGUUGGCGCUCUGUGUUUGGUUCAAACAUUUUAAAACAAAAAAGUUAAUGUGUCCUCUUUUUUAGACAUUAGGAUCAAAAAAUGAUGCACAUUUUUACUAAGUAGUAAUUUUAUAUUCAAUUGUACUGAAUUAUAGAAGUUUUUACAACGGGUGUUCUUCAUAGAAUGCCUUUUCUGAAAUUAGAAAGCAGUAUUUACUCCGGGUCCUGGACUUUAAAGGUUUUUGUACUAAAGUAUAUUUACUACAGUUAUUUUUUGAGAAAAGAAAUCAAAUGACUACCUGAACAAGGCGUGUAGGUUAUGAGGAUUUACCUAUGAAAAAUGAUAGUAAGUAUUUUUAAAUGUUUAAUUUCUCACAUUUUUGGGUUUUUACUUACAGUAUUAACUGUAGUUCUAAGACUUUCCACGUUUUCUAGUAACAGUUUGCAGAAUAUUGUGUGCUCUAAUUAACAGACAUUGUCCUCACCAAAUAAUAGUAUAAUUAAUCCCUUUUAAUAUUGGGGGAAGAAAAAUGAAAAUGCAUUAAUUACUCCUUUGUGUUAUGUGAGUUUAUUAACAGAUAACUUUGUGUAUAGGUCAUUGUUGCUAAACUAACAUCUCUGAAAACCUCUGUGAAAAUUUAAUUUUUUAUGUCCUGAUCAAUAUAUUAAUUUUAGGCCCUUUUCAUGUGCUUCACUUUGUAGAAUAAAUCCAUAAAAAUGCUUUCCACUUGAGCAUAGAGGACGUAGUAUUUUGUGAACUGGAGGCCAAAGGAUCAGUGCAACCUUCUCACAGGUUUUUGAAGCUCCGCUAAAAUGAACUGUCCACUUGUCUUUACUUUUUUUGGUCAGAAUUGGUAACUCUGUUGGAGCCUUGUAUUUACCUGCCAAAAAGCAUUGAAAUCUGGUUAAUUGCUGAAGCCAAAUCACCCCCAGGCCGAAGUGCUGUACUGGCCAAGUUUUAAAAUGGAAAGAGAUACUAUGGAGUAAGAAAUGUUGGUUUUACGAUACCUUUUGAUAUCAAGAUAAUAUGCAUGUUUGAAAUCUUGUCUUUUUUUUUUUUUUUGGAAUUUAGCAACUGUCGGCUUUUAACCCUUUGCUUUCCUAAAAAACCAAGUUAGAGAUCCAGAGAGUUCAAGGGUUUGGGGAAACAGAGAAGUCAUUUGCACUUCGUCUCUAUGAAUCACCUAAUAAGUUAUUACUCUAGUG